GUAGAAAUGGCGUUUCCCGACUGUGAUCUAUGGAUACAGAAGUUAGGCGGACUGUUUGAUGAGAAAUUGUUGACAGUGACAGUUUCUCUAAAUUGGAACAAGUAUGGAUGGAAGUAAUCACAGCAUUUUUGUGCAUGGUUUGACAGAAAUUGAAGUGAACCUUAUGCGAGAGUUACUUGAAGUGUUCUGCAAAGAUCGGAAAAGAAAAUGGCUAUCAUAUACAGUGAAAAAUACAAAAGAUGUCGACAGUACCACGUUCACUGUAUUGCUGGUGCAGCCUUGUACUGCUGGAGAAGUAGUGAGGGUGCAAGAAUACAGAAGAACUGUGUGUGUCGAUGAUGCCCCAAAUUCAGAAAAAUCCAUAGAUGACACUGCACAAAGCUGUAAAAAGCUUGAUAAAGUGAGGAAUGAAUCUGUAGCAGUGAAGCCCCAUUUUGAAAUAACUGAACAAAAACAGAUUGGCAGAAUUAUCAAAGUGGUUCCUUAUUGUCAGUCAAGAUCUGUACAACUGUUAGAAAAUUAUUUUGAUGAAGACAGUAAAACAGCAGACGCUCCUGACGCACGUCAACAAGAACACUUUGACGAAGAAUCACUGGCAUAUAAAGAUGCCAGAUAUUACACUAAGAAUAACCACGCAGAGGAAGAACCUCAUAUUGAUACAGCUUCAGGGCUUGUUUACAGUUUGGGUCCUCCAUUUCCUUUAUUAAUGCUGAACAGUCAGCAACCGGAAAACAGUCACAAGCAUCUUAUAAGAUUUCUCGAACACCGCAUGAAGAGGUCAUCUCAGCUUGUGAGCAACUUGUAUGAAAACCAAAAUCAAUUUCGUAUGAGAUUAAUAGAAACUCAGAAGGAAAAUGAUUUAUUCCGUCAGCAACUUCACACUUACCAGGAAGAACUGAACGAAGAGAGAAAGAGAGUGAACUCACUGGAACCAAAACUUUCACUCUUGAAGUCUCACAUCAGAGCUUUCCAAAAGGAUGUGGAUGAGAAAGAACUUGUGUUACACAUACUGGGACGAAAGCUGCAUGAGAAGAACCUUGCCCUCAAGAAACUCGAGCUGGAGAAAAAUUUGAUCAAACAGAGAUACAGCAGCCUGCUUGUUUCUGAAACUGAAGAAAUAGCACAGAAAAUGCAAAAGCAGUUGAAAAUACAGUCAGAACUCAAGAGACAUUUAGAAGUCAAGGACGAGAAAUUGAGACAAAUCAGACAGAUACUGAACAUUGCCCCUGCUGGCUCCCAUAUGGGUACAUCCAAACUGAAGAGAAGCCAUAGUUUGAGAGAUGUUGCCUUGGGAGAUGCUGCACUGGGUGUUGAUAGUGGUUCACAGAUUGAAAUACUGAGACAGUCAGUGGAAAUGGGGAACUAAAACCUGCAAAACAGUUGGACUGAUGGAACAGUGCGUAAUACUUCAAUCAUAUUGUGCUGUUCUUCACCUCCAGAUUCAUGAGGUCUCUUUUCUCCUUUGAAAUGUAUUUGGUUUUCUUUCUGUUGUUUGAGAGGUUUGACUUAUUUUUACAAAUAUUUAAUGUUAUUCUGUAGGACAAAUAAAAUAAUUUGGUAUUGUCUUUUACCCUGUUUGUCUUCAAAAGUCCAUACACAACAGAAUCAAAAUGCCAUGAAAAUUUAUAUCCUAA